CAGCAGCCACACCAGCAGCUUCUACAUUUUUGCGAUUCGAAGCAUCCCUUGGUUUUCAUUCUAGACUACAGAGGUGGAGCUACUUGUUGUGGGUGCCAACAAUCAAUUUAUGGUCCUAGCUACUGGUGUCCAAGAGAUGAAUGCCCGGGAUACUUUCAUCAUAAAUCAUGUGCAGAACUGCCCCUUGGGUUGCACAAUCCCUUGCACCCAAUCCAUCUUCUUGUUCUCUCUCCCAAAUAGACAGAUUAUGGCAAAGACAUACAAUUUAGCAAUUGCGUAUUGUGCAAAAAAAAUAAAGAUGAAUACACUUAUCGGUGUUUCAGUUGCGACUUCAACCUUCACAUUACAUGCGCUGCUGUACCACUCAUCAUGGAAGCUGAAUUCCAUGACCACCCAUUGAUUCCCAUUUGGAAGUCGUUCACGUUCACUUGCGACAUUUGCGGCAAAGAAGGCAAAGGUAUGCCUUACAUGUGUCAACUAUACAGUUUCUGGGUUCAUGGAAGAUGUGCUUAUCAAUUCCCACGCAUGGUCAAAGUUGUGCGUCACAAGCACCUCCUCCACCUCACCCAUUCUUCUUUUGAAUUCCAUCAAUCCAACUCCCGAUUUUGUCAAAUCUGUGUUCAAAAGGUGGAUACACACUAUGGGCUUUACUAUUGCUCCAAAUGUGAUUUUGUUGCCCACCUUGAUUGUGCAAUGGAAAACAAGGAGAACAUAAACUUGCAAGAAUUUACAAAUGAGGAUGAAGUUUCAGAGCUCAAUGAAUCGGUUGACUCAACAACUUACAAAGUAAAAAAAUUCAAUAUGAGGGAGGAUGGAACUAAGAUAGCUACAAAAAUCAAACACUUCAAUCAUGAGCAUGACUUAAAGCUUACUAAUGAGAUUCUAAAUAACCAAAAAUGCGAUGGGUGUGUAAGAGCCAUUCUCCCUCCGUUUUAUAGUUGCGUAAAGUGCAACUUCUUUCUUCACGAAUCUUGUGCUAAUUUACCAAAAAAAAAGCGACAUCCACUUCAUCAACACCCACUAACCCUGCUCCCAAUGGAACCAAGUAUGCAUUUUGAGUGUCAUGCCUGUCAUCGUUUUUGCAAUGGCUUCACCUAUCAGUGUGAGAUAUGCUGGUUUAGUCUUGAUGUUCAAUGUAGUAUGAUCUCAGAAAUCCUUAUCCACCCAGGUCAUGAGCACCAACUUCUUCUCUCUAGCAUUCCAUUUGAACAAAAUUGCAGUUGUUGUGCUUCUUCCAUUUACCCAAUAUUCCGUUGUACCACUUGUGAUUUUGCUUUGGACUUUAGAUGUGCUACAAUGCCACAUUCUACAAGAUACAAACAACAUGAACAUCCCUUUGCUCUCAGUUAUAGAGUUGAAGAUGACUCUGGUGAAUAUUAUUGCGAUAUCUGUGAAGAAGAACGGCAAGACUCAAAGUAUUGGUUUUACUACUGUGAGGAUUGCAGUUAUCCUGCUCAUUUAGAUUGUAUUAUUGGGAAACACCCAAAUUACAAGUUUGGAGGUGCUUACAAAUUUGAACACCGUCACUCACACCCUCUUACUUUCAUUGAGGAAACUAAAGACUGCCCUCGAUGUAACAGAUGUAAUAGUUCUUGUGAAGAGUUAAUCUAUCAAUGUCCUCAGUGUAAUUUCUACAUCCACGAGGAUUGUUUAUAAAAAGGACAAAUGUGAUGUUAAUUUUUAUUUUAUGCUACAUGUAGUCCACAUAAGUUUUGGUGCGUGGAAUUCAUCAAAUGAAA